CUCUGCAGCUGGUUGCAGCUCAACGUGGACUGUUACUUCUCUCUCUCUCUCUCCCUUCUUUCUUCAUUCAUUUCGACUUUCCUUCUAAUAUUAACCCUGCUGCUGUUUUUGCUGCUUUCCAACUGAAAAUUUGACACACCAAUACCAGGAACUUCGGGGUGGUGUUUUUUGGGGGGAGGGGGCGUUAGGGGGAUAAAUCAAGAAGAAGGUGACCCCCAGAGAAAAGCAAAGGACAUCUGGGGGCUGUGAAGAAGACUCAGCAGGGCUGGCCAGAAGUUAUCCUGUCUUCCUGAACUCCCUCGGACACAACAACGAGACUUCUAGCCUUCCGUUGGGCGUAUGGGACUUAACUUCUCGAAGCACUGAAUUGUGAAAGGAAAAGCAUGACCACUUUACUACUAGCAUGUGUGUGUUUGCAUGUCAUCGCUGCAGCCACCUCUGUGGAUGUUUUAGUCGAUCACAGCGGCACACUCAGUGUGAGCAUACCUUUACGUUCUCCUCUGCGGGUCUCCCUGGGAAGAACGUUGACCAUUCCUUGCUACUUUAUCGACACUUUGGGGCCAGUCACCACAGCUCCCAACACCCCACCAGUGUCCCCAAGAAUCAAAUGGAGCAAACUAUCUGAAGACAAAGAAGUUACCCUCCUAGUGGCCAUGGAUGGGCAGGUACGGAUCCACUCUGCCUACAAGGAGUCUGUCUCUCUACCCAAUUAUCCUUCCAUACCAACGGAUGCUACUUUGGAAAUCAAAACACUCCGGUCCAAUGACACUGGGAUCUACCGCUGUGAAGUCAUUCAUGGUAUCGAGGAUAGCCAGGACACAGUGGAGGUGAAAGUUAAAGGGAUCGUGUUCCAUUACAGAGCCAUCUCUACCCGCUACACGUUAAACUUUGAGAAGGCAAAGCAGGCAUGCAUCCAGAACAGUGCCGUCAUUGCAACUCCUGAGCAGCUCCAGGCUGCCUAUGAUGAUGGCUUUGACCAAUGCGAUGCUGGUUGGUUGUCUGAUCAAACAGUCAGGUACCCAAUGCACCAUCCUCGAGAAGGUUGUUAUGGUGACAAGGAUGAAUUUCCUGGAGUGAGAACAUAUGGUGUUCGAGAUACAGAUGAGACAUAUGAUGUCUAUUGUUAUGCACAGGAAAUGGAAGGCAAAGUCUUCUACGCCACCUCCGCCGAGAAGUUCACCUUCUCAGAAGCAGCAGAGAAAUGCCAUAGUCUUGGGGCACGUUUGGCAACAACAGGAGAGUUAUAUCUGGCCUGGAAGGAUGGGAUGGACGUCUGCAGUGCUGGCUGGCUGGCAGACCGCAGUGUCCGGUAUCCCAUCAACAAACCAAGUCCCAUCUGCGGUGGCAACCUGGUGGGCGUACGUACGGUGUAUCUUUACGUCAACCAGACAGGGUAUCCUUACCCUCAUUCCCGCUACGAUGCCAUUUGCUACACUGAUGUUGGCAUUCAUGUCAUCCAUGAUAAUAUCACAGAUGACUCUGGCGAUGAAUUGGGCAGUGGCUUCACCAUCCAGACAUUCACUGAGACAGAUAUUGAGCUGGAGCUUCCACGCAACACCACCGAAGAAGAAGCUCGAGGAAGCAUUGCAACCUUGGAACCGAUAGACUUUACUACCACUACCGUAGAGGUGGAUGAAGCCAUCACAGAAACCCCAGAUCUCUUUCCAACAGGUUUCACUGAUGAGACCGAGAACAGGACUGAAUUUGGGAUCUGGGAGGACUUAGAAAAUGGUACUGUCUCAACCCUGGAUACACUCUUCCCAACCGAUAUCCCGGAAACUACAUCAGAGGAAUAUAUUUCAUGGCCUACUGCCACAGCAGAAUCUGAAUCAGCCUCACCAUUUACAGUAGAAGAGCAAAUUGUGCCAGGGACAGCUGCUUCUGCUGUUGAUCAAGUCCCUCGGAAACCCACUUCUCCCACAGGUGUUGUUUUUCAUUACCGGCCAUCCACCAACAGAUAUUCCCUGACUUUUGUUGAAGCUCAGCAAGCUUGCCUAAGCAAUCAUGCUGUUAUUGCUACUCCAGAACAACUACAGGCUGCCUAUGAAGAAGGAUACGAGCAGUGUGAUGCUGGCUGGCUGAACGACCAGACAGUCAGGUAUCCCAUUGUCGUUCCACGCAGCAAAUGUUCUGGAGACAAAGAAAACUUCCCUGGAGUGAGGUCAUAUGGUAUGCGCCCAGCAUCAGAAAAGUUUGAUGUCUACUGUUAUAUUGAAAGACUGAAAGGUGAGGUCUUCUUUGCAACUCAGACGGCACAGUUCACCUUCUUGGAAGCCCAAAGAUACUGUGUGAGUCAAAACGCGACCAUGGCUUCCACUGGACAACUCUACGCUGCCUGGAAACUAGGCCAGGAUAACUGUCAGGCAGGCUGGUUGGCUGAUGGAAGCCUCCGAUAUCCCAUUGUUCAUCCCCGCCCUACCUGUGGUGGAGAGAAGCCCGGUGUGAGAACGAUUUACUUGUACUCCAACCAGACAGGAUUCCCUGACCCGCAAUCAAAGCACCACGUCUUUUGCUUCAAAGCAAUGCCAUCUCUGUAUGGGGAACUAGAAGAAGACUUAAUUGCAGUCCAGACAGUCCCUGGUGUAGAAGAAGUUCCUUCUGGGGAAGAAACAACUGUGGAGAUGGAAUUUGCCACUGAUUCUGACAAUCAAACUGAGUGGGGAACAGAAGUAUUUCCAACCGAUACAUCACUAUUAUCUGCGAGUCCAUCAGCCGUGAGUCAAUCAACCGAUCUUCCCAUUGAUGCAAUACCUGAUGAAACAAGCUCAGAAGCUCCAAUUACAGAGACAUCUGCUUCUGGUUGGACUUCCGGAGCCCCAGAGAUAACUGGAACGGUCGAACCUAGUGAAACACCUUCAGGAUUUGGAGAAUUUCCCUCUGGAGUCCCUGAAAUAAGUGGGCUGCCUUCUGGAGAAAGUGGGCUACCAUCAGGAGACAUCAGUGGCCUACCUUCUGGGGUUAUUGAAGUCAGCACCUUACCUUCUGGAGAAGAAGAAUUAUCAGGGAUUAGUUCAGAAACCCAAGAAGAAAUACCUGGGCUCCAGGAAGGCAAAGGGACCCCAGAAUUUAGUGGGUUGCCUUCUGGAUUUAGUGGAGGCCAUUCUGGUAUUGAUCCCAGUGGCUCACCAUCUGGAGAGUAUGAUUAUAGUGGUCUCACAUCUGGAUUUCCUACUGUGUCUCUGGUGAAUGCCACUUUGACGGAAGUUGUGACCACAGCAACAGAAAGGGAAAUGGAAGGGAAAGGGACAAUUGGAAUCAGUGGAGAUGGAGAUGUAUCAGGUUUCCCCUCUGCCGACUGGGGUGUAAGUGGCGUAACCAGUGGAUUGCCCUCCGGAGUUGAUGUCUAUGGAACCAGUGAUAUCAGUGGGUUUUCUUCAGGAACUGGUAUCAGUGGGAAUCUAUCUAGCACGUCUGAUAUCGGUGAAUUACCAUCAGGACUUGAUGUUAGUGGACAGUCAUCUGGUUUAUUAGAUAUCAGUGGAUUGUCCUCAGGAAUUGACUUCAGUGGAACCUCUGUUGGGACACCUGAUUUAAGUGGUGAUGUCGAAUUAAGUGGCCAACCUUCAGGUAUUGAUGGGAGUGGUGAACCUUCAGGUGUUACCUUCAUUGAUACCAAAUUAUUUGAAGUGACAACUCCUUCAUCUAAAGAAGAAGAAGGGAAAGGAUUUGUAGAAGUAAGUGAAUUACCUUCAGGAGAUGAAGAUCUAUCAGGCACUACACCAGGAAUUUUAGAUGUGAGUGGCCAGCCUUCUUCUGGACAAGUAGACUUCAGUGGGUGGGCUUCAGGAGUUAGUGAAGUCAGUGGGCUUCCUAGUGGACUAACAGACAUUAGUGGAGAAAGCUCCGGCAUUGAUCUCGUCAGCAGCACUUCAUCUGGAACAUAUGAUUAUAGUGGUCUCACAUCAGGGUUUCCUACAGUUUCCCUUGUGGAUACAACUUUGGUGGAAGCCGUAACACAGCCAUCUGUUGCACAAGAAUUAGGAGAAGGGACAUCUGGGAUAUUAGAAGUAAGUGGGCUUCCUUCAGGACAGGAGGAAACAUCUGGAGCAUUGUAUGAUGUGACAACAUCUAGCGGAGCAUCAUCUGAGAAAGUUGACUUCAGCGGGACUCCCUCAGGCACUCCAUAUUUUGCUAGAGAAACUGAUGAUCUCACUGAUGUAAGUGGAGCAUCUUCAACCACAGCCAGUGCUAGUGGUGAUGUCUCUGGAUUCCCAGAAAUUAUCUUAGUAACUGAUUCCGUAGAAACAGUGACAAGACCAACAGUUUCAGAGCAACUGAUUGGAGGAACCGAGUCUUUCCAUUUUCAUGAACCAAGUGUGGAAGCCUCUGCAUCUGGGGCAGAAGUUUCUACAUAUCCUGAAAGUACCAUGUCAUCCCCAGAAUAUCAUGAAAUCAGUAGUAAGGCCUUCACGUUUCAUGAAACUAGUGUAGAAACCCCUUUGUUUAAUGAAACAACUGACGAAACAUCAGUCUCAUCAAAAAGCCACCUAGAAACUUCAACCCAUUAUGAACCAAGUGGAGAAACGUCUUCAUUAUCUGAAAGUUACUCAGAAACAUCUGGGACACCAUUCAUCAGUGGCUUACCCUCUGGGACUUUUGAUGAAAGGACUCAGUUUAAUGGAGACAGUUCAGGUCCAGCACCUGAGGCAGUGUCAGAUACAUCAGAGAAAGGCUUUUCGUCAGAUGUCCUACUUAGAACCAGCAGUCCAUAUGUUGCAUUAACUGAACAUUCAAGGCUUCUAACAGAGACUCAGGCUGAAACAGAGACCAGUACAUAUCCAACACCAGAGCUGGAAACAAGAGAUGGUGCUGCUCCAGGGAUUCCACCACCAUCACCAACAGCUACUGAUCUCCUUCCUACAGUUUCAUCGGAGAUGACCGAUGGGAUACAGCUUAUGACACAAGCUACACCUAAGACUUGUGAAGAGAAACUAUGUGGAACUGGGACCUGCCAUGAACAUGAAGGAAACAUCACCUGUUUAUGCCCAACUGGAUUUAUGGGUGAUUACUGUGAGAUAGACAUUGAUGAGUGCCACUCCAACCCCUGUCUGAAUGGAGCUACCUGUGUCGAUGGCAUCCACACUUUCACAUGCUUAUGCCUUCCCAGCUACGGAGGGAACCGCUGUGACAUUGAUCUGGCAGAAUGUGAAACAGGCUGGAUUAAAUUUCAAGGUAACUGCUACAAGCAUUUUGAAGAGAAACUCACCUGGAUGGAGGCAGAGAAACUAUGCCGAAAGCAUCAAUCCCACCUGAGCAGUAUCAUCACACCUGAAGAGCAAGAAUUUGUGAACAGCAAUGCACAGAACUACCAGUGGGUUGGGUUAAGUGACCGAGCUGUAGAAGAUGACUUUCGCUGGUCUGAUGGACAUUCUCUUCAAUAUGAGAACUGGCGACCUAACCAGCCGGAUAACUUUUUUGCCAAAGACGAAGACUGUGUGGUCAUGAUCUGGCAUGAGAAGGGUGAAUGGAAUGAUGUGCCAUGUAAUUACCACCUGCCGUUCACUUGCAAGAAAGGAACAGUUGCCUGUGGAGACCCUCCCACAGUUGAGAAUGCCAGGCACUUUGGCAAGAAGAAAGACCGCUAUGAGAUCAACGCUAUGGUGCGCUACCAGUGCAAUCAAGAUUACAUACAGCGCCAUGUGCCCAUCAUCCGAUGCCAAUCAAGUGGGCAGUGGGAAGAGCCUCGGAUAGCCUGUAUAGACCCCUCCACCUAUAAACGCAGACUACACAAGAGGAGCUCACGGGCCAAUGGCAAGAUGACGGCAUGAUCCACCCUUUCAAGAGAAGCAAUCGGGGAGCAGAGACAGACAGACGGGCCGAGAGAAAGAGAGAGAGAGAGAAUUUUAUGGAACAGUUAUAUUAACAAAAUUGAUAUAUUUUUCAUUGUUGUUGCUUUUAAGGGGGGGGGGAAGUCUCAUUAUAUAAGGAACAAUGUGUGUGUAUAUAUAAAGAAAAAGAACAAAAAAAAAAAAUAAGGGAGAGAGAGGGGAGGGAAACCCUUUGCAAACUGGGAAGCAAACACAAUUCCAGCCUUUUUUUAAAAAAUAAUAAUAAUGAUUGUUAGAGCCAACUAUCUUUGUGCCUUUGUGGGGAAAGGGACAGGGAGGGUUACAGAGGGUUAAGUUAAAUAAUAGAUUAUCUGGAGGAAGAGGAGGAGGAGGAGGAUAGGGAGAAAUCCUGAUUUUUAUUUCACAAGAAGUGUGACUUUUAAAACUGCAGAGUGGACAAGUACUUUUUUUAAAAGCCCCCUUUCCAAUCCAUCCACCUGAGCCGAGGUGGCGCAGUGGUUAGAGUGCAGUACUGCAGGUGACUUCAGCUGACUGCUAGCUGCAGUUCGGCAGUUCAAAUCUCACCAGGCUCAAGAUUGACUCAGCCUCCCAGCCUUCCUUCCAAGGUGGGUAAAAUGAGGACCCAGAUUGUUGGGGGGGGGGGGCAAUCGGCUGACUCUGUAAAACCGCUUAGAGAGGGCUGUAAAGCACUGUAAAGCGGUAUACAAGUCCAAGUGCUAUUGCUAUUGCUAUCUUUCCACGUUGCAGGAAAUAUCACCGGAUUGAGUGGGAACUACAGAGAGGAAGCGAACAGAAGCGGGGAAAAGUAUUGUUAAGGGAGGUGGGGGAAAGGGGUCAGGAAAGCUCUUUUUUCAGCUCUCCCGAAUACAUCAUCAUCAUCAUCAUGGGGGCCAAUGGCGAUUGCUUGUUUUUGGAUAUGUUCAGUUCAUUCCUUUAAAUAAAUGCAAAAUGUCAAAUCACGUGUGGAAGUUGAAAUUAGCCAGAGCAUCAGAACUGCUCAAAUGCAAACAGGUAAGAGGGGGCAGAACAAAACUCCCCACCAUCCUGCCUUUUUUUUCAGUUCCAGACCUUUGUGGUCAGAUUCCGGAGGUCCUAGCUGAACCUGCAUCUCUUCUGACUCGUUUCCCAUUUUUAUUCUGCGGGAACGGGCUUGGAAGCAGGCCGGGCCGCAUAGUAACGCAACUUCCUAUGUUUCUUCUUGCUUCAGUUUUCUUCCCCGGGGACACCUGGCAGGCAACAGCGGCUCCCAUCCUGAGAUGGCGUAUUCUCUCUCACAGGGAACGGUGCAGGGCGCUUGAGAUUCCCUGCACCUAUUUAUAUAUUUUUUUUAAUAAAAAAAAAUACAUAUAUAUGUUAUAUGAAUUGAAAGCAGAGAGGAAAACCGAGAGGCGUCAUUUUUACAGUAACUUAACAUGGACUUGUCCAACGUCUCGGAGAUGCUGGUAGGAGUUCAGCUUUGGGUAUGUGCUCUGUAUACAGUGGGGAAGGGGGAAAUGUCUGGAGACGGGGUGGGGUGGGGUGGAGAGAGUAGGUCCGGUGAACAGAACCGGGAAGAGCCUUUUAUAUUGCAAAAGAAAAAGAAAAAAGAAAAAAAAGCUAUCCAGGCUAAGAAGCCCCAGAAUUUUAUUUUAUUUUCUUUUAAAGUCCUGUGUGCACAAAAAAAAUAAAAUAAAAAAAGGCAACUCGGGAACGAAAAAAAGAGCCAAGCCUAUUGCUGUCAGUGCUAUGGUGAAUCCUUGUACAAAUAAAAGUUGUUGAAAUUUAA